AAACAAUACCAAUACCUCCAUUAUGAGCCAAUCCCCAAUUACUAGCAUAUCUCAGGCCUCGAAACGAACUUCUCAAGAGACACCAGCACGAUGCCGCACAAAGCGCGCAAAGUAUGCCUCGGUUGCAUGUAAUGAGUGUAAAAGAGGAAAAAUAAAAUGUAUCCGUCUCGAAGACGACGAGGACUGCCAGCGCUGCUCAGCAACAGGUGCUCCUUGCGUUAUCUCACAAUCUGCUGCGCAGGAAAGACACCAUCCAAAGGAGAAGGAUAGAGGAACUUCAUUACACAACACUCAAGACAAAACAUUGAGCGAGAACGUGAGGGUAAUGCAACAGCAGAUAAACGUCCUAAUAGCUACUGUCAGCACUCUUUCAGAAAGAAUCUCGAUACUGCCAGCGGCAAUAAACGCCCAUUCUCAAUCUUCACAAUUUGCCGAUCGAAUAUACUGUGAUCCUGGCCUGACACGAGACGACAAGCCUAAGCAGCCUCAUUUUGUUGGGCCUACAAGACCUGCGUUCAGUUUCAAUCUGGCAGAAUCUGCGCUUUCACGUAUGGGUAUUGUUGCGGACCCAGAGGGACCUCCUGGCAUUUCUACGACUGCAUCCUCACGGGACCCGACACCAGACCCAGCGGUAGAAGAACGCUCAGCAGCACCGAAGUCCUUCCAAGAUUGCUUGUUGAGCUUCUCUGACGAUGAAGUGACGAGGCUGGUAGGUAUCUACCAGGAAGAGGUUCUUUGUUGCCACCCGAUUCUUGUCGCUGAGGCGCUAGCUCGUGACUGUCUGCAGAUUAGGGAUCUAGCCCGGCAUCCUUAUAAGCACUCAACUGGGAAACAGAAAUUCUCUAUGAAAGACGUACACAUGCUUAAAAUUGUUUUGGCAACCGCACUCACGCAUGAGCCCCAGGGAAGGAAUGAGAGCUGCGACCAAUUGAUAAGUGCUGUGGAACACCAUAUCGGUAGCAUUUCGAGUGGAUGCGAGAUUGAAAUCAAAGAUAUACAAAUCCUAGCUAUGUUGAGCAUCUAUUUCUGCCACAUAGAAGAAGAGCUAUUUUCAUGGCGUGCAAUCGGCCGAGCUGCUCGUCAUGCUCUCGAAAUGGGGCUUCAUCGGAAGCAAAGCUUGAUGGACCAAUUCCAAGACCCAGAUGCUCGUAAUGCUGCGCUUCAAGUAUUCUGGGUAGUUUACGAGUUAGAUCGUAGAUGGACUUUUGGAACCAGUCUUUCUUUCGCGCUCAAUGAUCGCGAUAUCGAUGCACAGUUGCCGGAGCCAGAUAAAACGUAUCCAUAUCUUAAGUGUAUGGUAGCAUACGGACGACUAUGCUCACGAGUAUGGGAUGCAUUGCCGCCAUAUGGAUCUCCAUCAUUAUUCAUUCCCAAGGAAACUGAAGACUACUUGGACUUCAUUGCUCAAAACUGGCUUCAGUCAAUCCCAGAAGAUCUGCAAUUCCGACACCCUCGAUUAGGAUUGGCGCCGAAGAGUCAACCUCGAGUACUCCAUCGUCUUCGAACACUAUGUUAUCUGCGUGGAAACUACUUACGUCUUCUCAUUCACAGACACCAUGUGUUGACACCUGAUAACAUCAAGUCGGAUAUGCAAAGUGCACAACUCGUGGUCGAUAUCGCCAAAGACAGUAUCGAGGUAUUGAACGAUUUGAAUUCAACAAGCGACAUAUAUGCCCGCCAACAAUCUAUUUAUCAUUUCUAUCUGCUCAGUGGCCUCGCUGUCAUGCUUUUGGCCGUAUGCCAUGCGUCAAGCACAUUCGCAGACCCAUGUAGAGAUGCGUUCUUGUUGGCGGUCGCCCUUGUCAAGGGUUUCUCCCGUAACAGUUCCUCAAGUCGCAGACUCUGGAAGAGUAUUCGUGGCAUUCUACCCGUGGUAAAGGCACUUGGCGCCCAAGGAGAUACAGCAGGACAAGAUGAUCAUGGUUCUGGUAGGCAGGCCGAAAAUACUGAUGGAGCUGUUGCUAUCGAUCCGCAGGCGUCGGAUUAUGCGCACCAGAACAUUGGAUCGAAAGAAAACCAAGAUGGUAUACAGGACCUGUGGGCUGACAAUGGGCUUUAUUACAACGGACACCUGAGCACUUCUACACCCGAUAUAUUCAACCUUAGCAAUGAUCUUCUCCAUUUGUACGACGCGUUUGAUUUGGCUGGGUCAAGCCAAGCAUUACAGCCAGAAGCUCGAGCAGGAAAUUCGGGCGAGCCGGGAUUUUCUGCCUGGGAGAUGGAGAUUUCACGACACUUUCAAGGAUUGAUAUGAUAAUCAGAAUGAUAUAGUGUAGAUUCUUGGACUGAUACAACUCCGUAAAUUAUGAGAGGCUCUGAGUGCAAAAACAUUAAGGAUGUGUCGAGACAU